UGUGCUUUCACAAGAACACCAGAAGAGCCUCAAUCGCAGAAGCAGCAGGAGCUCAGAGAGCAGCAGGGAAAUGGGGAAACUCUACCAGGUGAUGGUUCACGGACUCAGAGGGGAGAAGACGUUGAUUGAUCUCUGCAACACAGAAGAGCAGAUGCAGAAAAUGACGGUCCGACAGCUGAAGGAAAAAAUAGCUGAAAAACUUCCACAGACGGCAGGACAGGAGAACCUGCGGCUGAUUUUCACAGACAAGCAGCUGAACGAGGAUGCAAAACCCCUGUCUGAAUAUGGAAUCCAACACAUGUCAGUCAUUCAGCUAGUGAUCAAGGUUCCUGGAGGACUCACAGCUUGAAUCAGAACAUCUGGACAUUCUCCUGACACCAUUGCUCUCUCUCCAGUGACUCCAAUUCCUGACUGUUUACAAUUUAUGAGACUUUACUCUGUGAUUUUUUUAGCUGUUACUGUCUUUUAAGAGUUAGAUUUUUUUGAUUUUCUCUUGUGCAAUUAAAAUGAUUUCAGCCA